AUGAAGUUCAACGUUGCUUUCGGCCUUGCUGCCGCCCUCUUCAUGGCUCCUAAUGCUGUGGCCUGGAACCUUCCUGGAUUCGGCAACAACAAGGAUGCUACUCCAACUUCCCAGUUUCCCUCUGGCUCCCAAUCCACCGGCACUUUCACAUCUGGUAGUGCAGGAGGUGAUGGCUAUGGUGGUCAUGGCGGUCACGGUCACGGCUCCGGCCACCCUUCUGGUCGUCCUGGACCCCGUCCCUCGGGUAGUGAUAACCCCUCCGGAGGCUUCGGUGGUGGUCGGGGCGGUCCUUCUCCUUCUGGAGGUCCCCAGCCAACUGGUGGCUUCGGCGGUGGUAGCCCAUCCAGCUUCGUGACCGUGCCUGCGGGUCCCACUCCUAAUGCUGAGCCCAACUCCCAGGGUGAGGACGCCCAGCGUGUUCAUGCUCGUCAGUUCCCUGCCGUUUUAGCUUAG